AUGCUCCCCCGCCGAAUUUGCGCAAUCAUUGGCACCACCGGCGUCGGCAAAUCAAACCUCUCCAUCGCCCUCGCAAAGGCUCUGAACGGCGAAUGCAUCAACGGCGACUCCAUGCAAGUCUACUCCGGAAUGCCCAUUAUCACGAACAAGAUGCCCAUGGAGGAACGGGAAGGCGUGCCGCAUCACUUACUAGGUUUUCUUGGAAGGGAGGAGGAGUAUCUGGUUGGGGGGUUCGAACGGGAUGCUAGGGGUGUUGUGGGGGAGUUGGAGGAGAAGGGGAAGAUGCCGGUAUUGGUGGGUGGUACACAUUACUAUACUCAAUCACUCCUCUUCCAGCAGUCGCUGGUUUCAACAUCCACCGCGACAUUUACAUUCUCAGAAGACGCAGCAUCGCAUCCACACCUUACAGAUCCUACUGUACCAACAUCAACCAUCCUAUCCCACCUUCGCUCUCUAGAUCCAGCAAUGGCAAACCGCUGGCACCCAAAUGACCGCCGCAAAAUCCUCAAUUCACUCAGAAUAUGUGUCAGAACAGGUCGUCCUCACACCGAAAUCCUAAAGGAACAACAUGGAGACAGCGUUGAGAUGGAUAAAAAGAGAUACGAGAAGACGCUGAUUUUCUGGGUAUACUCGAGAACAGAGGAGCUUAACCAACGACUCGAUAACCGUGUGGAUGCGAUGAUCACCCAAGGUCUCUUCGAAGAGAUCCGCGAAUUGUACGAUUUUGCGCAACAACUUGCCGCACGAGGACGGGAGCCUGACUGCACGAAAGGUUUAUGGCAAUCCAUCGGAUACAAAGAGUUCCUUCCCUACCUCUCCUCGAAUCCACCUCUCAACUUGGAUGAAGAGACGGCAGAGUUGAGGGAAUUGAGAGCAAAGUGCACGAAGACCAUGAAAGCCUCAACACGGCGGUAUGCGAAGACACAGAUCAAGUGGAUCCGACAUAAACUCCUUGCGGCGUGCAAGAGUGCGGGUAUCCCGGUCUACCUCCUCGAUGCCACAGAACUGAACAAAUGGAACGAGACAGUUCGUGAUCCUGCUGUGUCAAUAGCCAAAUCAUACUUCGCCGGCGAAACGGUUCCUGAACCUGAUUCGUUGUCAGACCUUGCAAAGGAUAUGCUUGUCCCUGUCCAAGAACUCGAUAUGGCACGGCAACCAUCUCGCUGGACCCAGAAAGUUUGCGAGCUAUGUUCAGAGGCAGAAGCAAAGACUGUCGCGAAAACUGGCAAGGAUCCAGAAGAAGCUCAGGUCGUGAUUUUAGGUGGCGAAGAAGAAUGGAAGAAACAUAUCAACUCGAGAGGACAUAAAUUGCGAAUCAAGGCAAAGUCAAAACGCGAGCACUUUGAGAGGUGGAAGAGGGAAAAGGCAGCAGCGGAGCGGGCUGCAAGAGAGGAAGGCGAGAGUUCCGAGAAGGAUGAAAGUCCAUAG